AUGAAGUUAAACAUUGCUUACCCAGUGAACGGUACUCAAAAGAGCAUUGAGAUCGAUGACGACCUCAAAUUGAGAAACUUUUACGACAAAAGGAUCGGUCAGGAAGUUGAAGGUGACAACCUUGGCGAUGAAUUCAAAGGUUACGUCUUCAAAGUUACCGGUGGUAACGAUAAGCAAGGUUUCCCUAUGAAGCAGGGUGUUGUUGCUCCUAGCAGAGUCAGAUUGUUGUUUGCUAAGGGCUACACUGGCUACAGACCAAGAAGAGUUGGUGUGAGAAAGAGAAAGUCCAUCAGAGGUUGUAUCGUUGGUAGCGAUUUAGCUGCUCUUAACUUGACUGUUACAAAACAGGGUGAGAAGGAUAUUGAAGGUUUGACUGAUGCUCAGGCUCCAAAGAGAUUGGGACCUAAGAGAGCCAACCACAUCAGAAAGUUCUUUGGUUUGACCAAGGAGGAUGAUGUUAGACAGUUUGUUAUCAGAAGAGAAGUUGUCAAGGGUGACAAGAAGUACACCAAGGCUCCAAAGAUCCAGAGAUUGGUUACCCCCCAAAGGCUACAGAGAAAGAGAGCUGUCAAAGCUCAUAAGAUCAAGAACGCUCAGGCACAGAGAGAUGCUGCUGCUGAGUACGCCCAGUUGUUGGCCAAGCGUUUGCACGAGCGUAAGGCUGAGAAGGCCGAGAUCAGAAAGAGAAGAGCUUCAUCUUUGAAGGCUUAA